AUGGCGGCGUCGAUCGAGCUGACCAAGGAGUACGGCUACGUGGUGCUGGUGCUCGUGGCGUACGCCGUGCUCAACUUCUGGAUGAGCUUCCAGGUGGGCAAAGCCCGCAGGAAGUACAAGGUGUUCUACCCAACCAUGUACGCCGUCGAGUCGGAGAACAAGGACGCCAAGCUCUUCAACUGCGUUCAGAGAGGGCACCAGAACUCGCUGGAGGUGAUGCCGCUCUUCUUCGUCAUGCUGCUGCUGGGCGGCCUGCAGCACCCGGUCGUCGCCGCCGGGCUCGGGGCCCUCUACACGGUCGCGAGGUUCUUCUACUUCACGGGAUACUCUACUGGCGUCCCGGCUAACCGGAUGAAGAUUGGGUGGCUGAGCAUUGUGGCGGGGCUUGGGCUGAUCAUCUGCACGGCAUCGUUCGGCAUCAACCUGGUCGUCAGGGAGAUGCUCUGA